CUCCGCCCCCGGCAUCCAUGUCUGGAGUAGAGGGACGGAACCUCUCUAUCGCCUUUCCGUGUACACAUUUUAGUAAAUAAACCGGGAACCCGCACCAGUAUUACGAGACAGCGGGUCAGACGGAAGCUUCUGGCCACCAUUGUGCGUUGUCUGAAUAGUGGCUGGAACUCUCACGCGCAAUUUAUUCCGCAUUUUAACUUUACCGAGCGGCGUUUUCCGCCGUUUUUUUUCUCUCUCCGUCGCCCGCUCACUCCGCUACCCCCCGCGUGAGAGUCGGGGCCUGCAACGUUGGUUUGGCCACGAGGAGCGUCUGUACAGCAGGAUCAGGGCAAUGGCGGAGUUCGGCAACGGACUGACGGAGGAGUCUCUAUUAGAUUCAGACCCUGGACACCCUGAACUGGAAGACCCUGGUGUCGGCGACGAAGACCCGGGGUUAGAAGAAGGAGAGGCCUCGAUUGAAGAUCCGGAGCUGGAGGCAAUCAAAGCUCGGGUGAGAGAGAUGGAGGAAGAGGCAGAGAAGCUGAAGGAGCUGCAGAACGAGGUGGAGAAACAGAUGAAUCUCAGCCCCCCACCAGUCGGCCCUGUCAUCAUGUCCAUCGAGGAGAAGAUGGAAGCAGAUGGCAGAUCUAUUUAUGUCGGAAAUGUGGAUUAUGGUGCCACUGCAGAAGAGCUUGAGGCUCAUUUUCAUGGCUGCGGUUCAGUAAACAGAGUCACCAUCCUGUGUGACAAAUACACAGGGCAUCCCAAGGGGUUUGCCUACAUCGAGUUUGCAGACAAAGAGUCUGUUAGGACGGCCAUGGCUUUGGACGAGUCCCUUUUCAGAGGAAGGCAAAUAAAGGUGGGUGCUAAGAGAACAAACAGACCAGGUAUCAGCACCACAGACCGUGGCUUUCCUCGUGCUCGCUUCCGAUCACGGGGAGGAAGCUUCUCGUCGCGUGCACGCUACUACAGUGGUUACACACCACCCAGAGGCAGAGGACGGGCCUUCAGGUUUCAGGACCAGUGGAGGCUGACGACCCCUCCCCAGGUGGCGCCGGCCCCCCCCACUGUCUCUGCAGCAUCUCUCUCUCUCUCUGCUCCUGCUAUGCACACUCACCCCAUCCUGUCCGUGUGGGGGGGCGGGGGAGGGGGGCAGGGUGCCCACAGGCCCGCAGCAGGGGGCAUUUACUACAACAGCAAACGCUGAUGAUGCUUUUAGUGCUUUUCACACUAACACACGCGCACACACACACACUCACUCACUCACGCACUCACUCUCUCACACACACACAGACACACACACACACACACACACACUGCAGUACAGACGGCCUGUAACCGACAGCCAACCCAACACAUGAUUUCUAUCCAGAGAGCUGAAGUCAACACAGCUGAGCGGCAGAGAGUGAGGAGGGCAGGACAAGAGACCAGGGUGUACAGUGCAAACUUUUUAGCGCCCCCCCUUUCUCUGACUCAGCGCAGUGCAGUCACGGCUUGUCUGAGGAAGGCUGACGUGCUAACGACA